AUGAAAUUUUAUUCAUUUGCAAACAUUUUAAUGCUUCAAUUCGUAGCUUUUUGCAUAUUGUUUGCGCCUGUAUUCUUAAUACCACCUCUAAGUAGAAGAGAUAUGCCUUAUCCUGUUAAGUAUUCAUUCGAUUGGAGCUCGUCACCAAUUUUUGAUAUUAUGGCCUUGAUUCAAAUUUAUGGGUAUCAUAGUGUUAACGUAUCUUCCAUAAUAGGUACCGAUUUAUUCUUCAUUAGUAUUGGUUCUUGCAUGGUGAUUCAAUAUCGUCUCCUUCAACAGUGUUUAUUGAAAUAUUGCACUCCUGAGAUGAUUGUUAUCAACAAGAAAUUAAAGAAUUUUGGAAACGAUAACGAUAACGAUAUUGAUGAUGAAAGGAGACAGUAUUUUAUUAAAUGUGUUGAGCAUCAUAAAAUGCUUCAAAGGUAUAGAAUUCAAAUUUUGUGUUAA